UCGGGAACGCGCCUUUGGGAAACAUGUACCAAUCGGUCACGACGGAUGCUGGCAUCCUGGGCCUGCUGCCGCUGAGUGAAGACGAGAUCAACUGCCCCAAGAUCCACAACUUCCAUCAACUUCCGGCGAACAAGAAGACGUGCGGGCUCUGCCAUCCAGCCCGGCUGCUUCUCGGGGCAGUGCCGGGGCAAGAGCGACUUCGAUGACUUGAUGACGACCAUGGCGCAACAAGGGAAGAUCGAUCGCGCCUUCACCAUGUGCUUCGACGACAGCGCGGAAGGUGGCGGUAUGCUCUACCUGGGCAAGCCCAGCAAGUUGCCGGCCACCGCUCAGAAGAUCCCAAUGCCACCGCUGGACGGCAACAUGGCCAUGUAUUCGCCUCUCGCCAGCUUCAACGACCACGAAGAUGUGCAGUUUUACUACAACAGCAAGCAGAUUGGCACCCAGAAGGCGAAGGACUGGAACUACUACAUGGGACAGGGCUAUGGCUUCUCAGACACCGGCACUCCGGGCUUCAUGAUGGCACCCUCCCUGUGGUCUGCAGUCGUUGAGGGACUCAAGCAGGCGAUUUCGGCGGAUGCCUCCUGUCAACGUGUUUGGGGCUAUUCCUUGCAGAGCUUGAGCGGCUACUACGCCAGCGACGUCACCGUCUCCAAGGCCGCGGCGGACUGCGCCACGCAGUACCUGGGCGACUUCGUCGUGAAGCUGGGCCCAGACUCCAGCUUUAGCGUCUCGAAGAAGUCCUUCUUCUACGAGACCGAGCCCUGCUCUGGGAAGUUCAAGAUCUCCUGGGGCAGCAGUGGAGGAGACUACAUGCUUUUGGGCACUUCCUUCAACUAUGGCAAGACCAUUCUGUAUGACACCAGCGAUUUGAGCAAGCCUCAGCUGGUGAUGUUGGGAUCGGCCGACGGCUGCAAGGUGAACUACGGCGCGGCCAAUACCAAGCCCAUCCCCAUGAAGGGCGUGGCAGGCCAAGUGCUGGGCAUGGACGGCACCAUUACCGCCCAGCUGUCGAUCGGCACGCCCGCGCAGACGGUGGAUGUGCAGCUGGACACUGGAUCGCAGAAGCUGAUGGGAAUUCACCAGGCCUGCCGAAAUCUGGGUGAUUGCUUCCUGGUGCAGCCCGAGGGUGGCGGUCGGGUCUCAGUCUUCCAAGGACCGGACUACCACACCAGUCAAUGCCAAGAGCAGAUCGGCACCAUGGAUCGCAUCCUCUCUCAGGAGAACUGCCAAGGUGGAGGUGAUGGUCGCAUGCUGUGCAGCUGCAGCAGCCAAGAAGAGUGCAUGAAGCUGGUCUUGAAGACAGCCGCUGAGAACCUCGUACCCAACAAGAUUUGCGCCAUCACUCGCAAGAUGUGCGGAGCACAGGUGUCCUUCCAUCCGGAGUAUUCCUCCAGCUUUUCGCCCAAGAACCUUCCAAGCUAUGCCUUCAAGAAGCCUCCAGCGAAGCAGAAGCUCGAGGCCCAGUGUCACCUGACCUACCUCUGCGACGAGGGCAGUGAUGCGAGCGCUGGCCCUGCUCGCCGUAAACGCGGCGGCGGCGGCCGUGGCGGCGGCCGUGGCGGCGGCAGCGACUACGACUACGACUGGGGCUCCAGCGUCUGAGUGGGUGGCCGCGGCCGGCUUUCAAGGGAGACCGCGGAAUUUCGGAACAGGUUCGACUGUCGAA